AUGAUGAAGACGAUGGUCCUGGCAAUGUCUGCCAUUCUCCGGCUGGCAUCUAUAUCGCUGAUGCUGGGUGUCAUUCUAGUCGUGGCUCUAUGCAUCCGGCGUCUGUACUUUCACCCGCUCUCCAAAUACCCUGGGCCAUUCUUGGCCAGAGUGACGGACUUUUACGCGGCCUAUCAUGCCUGGAAGGGUGAUAUUCACGUCGAUAUGUGGAGGCAACACGAACGCUAUGGACCAUACGUUCGGUACGCGCCAGACAAGCUCAACAUCAACACAGCUGGUGCACUCAAGGACAUAUACUCGGGGACCGUGAAUUUCCAAAAGAGCCCAAACUACCGCGUCCUCCGCCAUGGCGCGGCGAACACGUUGACCAUGAUAAACACGCAAGAGCAUGCUCGCCGGCGUCGCAUCGUCUCGCAGGGCUUGUCGGAUGCCGCCCUUCGGUCUCAUGAGCCAACGCUGAUGGCGCACAUCAAGAAGUGCUUCGCAUUGGGCCGAGAGCAUGGCUGGACACCGCCUUGCAACAUGUCCAACUGGUUCAACUGGCUGACGUUUGACAUCAUGGGCGACGUUGUCUUCGGCAUCCGCUACGAUCUGCUCGGGUCACCGACCAAUCGACGCAUACCAAACGCCAUUGAGCAGUCCAACGUCCGCGUCAGCGUCUUGUUGCAGAGCCCCUUCCUCCGCCAGAUUGGCCGGGUCGAUCGGUGGCUGUUCCCCAAGGCCAUAGAGGCGCGCAACCAAUUUCUUUACUUUGUCGGUGGCCUUGUCAAGCGUGUCAUGAAGGCAGAAUUCGACGUCAAGGAGAUCCUGGCCGAGAGCACCACGCUGAGUGUCGCAGGAGCCGACACGUCUUCGACGGCGUUAGCCGCCGUCUUCUUCUACCUUGCCAGCACGCCUCACGCCUACAAACGACUCCGGGAUGAUGUUCGCUCUGCCUUUGCUACUGCAGACGAGAUUCAGACUGGACCAAAGUUGAGCAAGCUCACAUAUCUUCGAGCGUGCAUUGACGAAGCCCUGCGUAUGUCUCCGCCGGCAGGAUCAUCAUUGUAUCGCGAAGUACAGGCCGGCGGCGCCACUGUCGACGGCCAGACGCUACCCGCGGGCAUGCAGGCUGGUGUGCCAAUCUAUGCCAUUCAUCACAAUCCCCGGUACUUCCCGGCGCCCUUCGAGUACCGACCCGAGCGCUGGCUGCCCGGCGAAGCCGGUGCUAUGGGGAUAAGCCCCGAAGUUGCUCGAACGGCCUUUUGCCCCUUUUCUGUUGGUACGCGCAGCUGCGUCGGCAGAGGAAUGGCCCUGAUAGAGCUCAACUUGACCAUUGCAUAUGCAAUGUUCACGCUCGACUUUUUUAUUGCCGAUGAGAACAAGACAUUGAAGGGCUGGGGCCUGCCCGGAGAGUUUCCACUGGCCGAUCACAUCACAGGGUCCAAGGACGGACCAUUUCUUCACUUCAAGCCUCGCGAUGCGUAG